AUGAAGGCACCGCGGCGCCAUGGCAUUGCCAUGCUUCUCGUGCUACUCCUGUGUGCAAGCCUCUUCUUGGUCUACAACGGCAGUUUCUACAGCGCUGCCCGAGACGCCAACGACACGCAAACGUGGCGCAAAGAGAAAGCGCAGUCGCCACGUCCCGUCGCCGCCUCCUUGAGGCCAUCCGGGCCUCGCCUACCGCCCCUCCAGGGUUACAUCAGCAUUGAGGACCGCAAGCCUCUCAAGAUGCACUGCGGGACGUGCGCCCUAGUGACCAGCUCGGGCCACCUCAUCGGGGGCGGCCGGGGCCAAGAGAUCGACCGGGCCGAAUGCGUUAUCCGCAUGAACGACGCACCCGCCGCAGGGGACUACGCUUCAGACGUGGGCCGCCGCACGUCCCUGCGCGUCAUUGCUCACUCCAGCAUGCAGCGCGUACUAAGGAGUCGCAACCAGCUGCUCAACGCCAGCCAGGACGCCGUUUUCAUCUUCUGGGGGCCGAGCAGCUACAUGCGGCGCGACGGCAAGGGCUUGGUGUACAACAACCUGCGGCUCAUGAGCCAAGUGCUGCCGGCGCUCAAAGUUUACAUCAUUUCCUGGCAGAAGAUGCUGCAGUUUGACGAGCUCUUCAAGAAGGAAACCGGCAAGGACAGGAAGAUAUCGAACUCGUGGCUGAGCACUGGCUGGUUUACGAUGACCAUCGCCCUGGAGCUGUGUGAUAGAAUCAACGUCUACGGCAUGGUCUCCCCAGACUUCUGCAGUGGGGAUCCCGGCCACCCAUCGGUGCCCUACCACUACUACGAGCCGCGGGGCCCCGACGAGUGUGCCAUGUACAUAUCGCAUGAGCGCGGCCGACGUGGCAGCCACCACCGCUUCAUCACGGAGAAGCGGGUCUUCGCCAAAUGGGCUCGGACGUUUGACAUCCACUUCUACCAGCCCGACUGGCGCCCCCCUCCUCUGCCGGCAAACCGCACCCUGGACGAAGUCGACGCUAAAGGACGGCAAACGUGA